AUCAUUUGAGCCUGCCUGCCCUGAAGCAACACUGCAAGAGUUUGUAUUUUUAAAAACGUAGCUACACACUUAUUUGCACUGUCAUUGAAUGGGGAGCAUUUUAUAAAUCCAGUCCAUGCAUCAGUGACAGAGCUAGAUGCCAUCUUGCAUGUGAGAGUUUUACUCUGAGUUGUGCAACACGUAAGGUACCAGGAGAAAAUGCCAUCUAAGUACUUUCAAGAACGCAACAAACGGAAGUUCUCGGAUUCCCUUAACAGCCAGCGCUGGAGAUUCUUGAAAAGUGACUUGGAUGAUUUCAGAAGCGGCUUCCCUCCACCAUCUGACAACAUCCUCAUCUGUGGCACAAAGGGGCCUGUACCGAUUGUUCUGCGUAAUCACGCAUCUGAUGCUUCACGCAUGGCCCAGCAGAAAGGAAGUAAAAAGUGCACCAAAACCCAAGUCAGCCCUUCCAAGCUCAGUCCAUGGCAGAAAGCCAGGUGGGAUCACAUUGCACAAACAGAACACUGCCUGAUCCAGCACCCCCUAGCACUCUAUUCUCAUCUGGAAGAAAGCAUCCCUCCAGAGCUUUUCAAAGAGGUUGUGGGCAUCCUGGAUCCUGAGAUGCACUUGAAUAGCGAAGGCGGAUACAAGGAUUGUGACCGGGACAGCCACACCCCUCAGCAAGUGCAGUAUCAGCUGGAGGAUGGGAAAAGUAAAGAAGCAUGUCCCAGUUCAUCAGCCCUCAGCAAGGAGUCCAAAGGCAAGAAUCCGCAGUACACCUACCUGUCCAAGAAAGAGGUAGCAGCAAGGAAAAAGGAGGCCAGUCUGAGCUACGUUCCUCCCCUGGAUGAGAACGUAAGGCGAGUGACUAAGGAGUUUUGUGACUGGGUGGCUUCUUUGGGAGGAGAAAAAUACGAAGUGGAUGAAGCCACCAUUCUGAGCUUGUUUGACACUGGAUAUGAAACCAAGCUGGUGCUGUCUGUGCCCAUCCAUGUUGUGGAAUUAAACAAUGUGCCAGCAGAGCUGAGAAAGUAUCUGGAUGUUUCACCUCCACCAACUGCUGUCAAGAGUCCUCUUCGUACCAGGUGCCACCCAUGCCUUGCCAAGGAUCCAUCCCAACCAAAAUGGGAGAAGAUCAGGUAUGGAGCCUGGUACCUUGAACCAAAAACAUGGAGAAAACAAAGAGCAAACGAACCUUUAGAGGAUCCAAACAUAGCAGUGGAUACUGUUCAGAAUUUAAGGAACCAGUUUAGUGAAAAGGAGGCAGAGCUCCUGCAGCUCCAUGGAACACACGCGUUUAAGGAAUUCCUCGAAAGGAAGGGCUACCGGAAGCCUGAGUUCCUCCUGCAGAUGCUGGCUGCAGGGGAUGCCAAUGGAGCACAAGAGCAGACUUCAAAGGGCUACAAAAAAGAGUCUCCGAAGAGACCCAAGGGGAUCAGAGAAGGAUCUUCCUCCACAAUUGUUAAUUAACACGGAGUUCUGACUUUAUUCGCAAGAAACAGAAGAAGCACUAGUGAAACUGCUCCUGGAAGUCCCCAAAAUAGUAAUCUCAAAGAUAGAUUGAUCGUUUCCUUCUUUAGAAAUUGCUAGUCAAAUAUAGUUUAAAGAGAA